AUGCCGGCCAUGCGGUUGUGCCUCGCCCUUGUACUGUCGCUCGUUCACGGCCACCCCGCCCCCUUCAAUCCCGCCACCGCGUCUCGCGGAUUCUCCAUCGGCGCCGCGCGCAACCCGAAUUACAAGCCCAAUGGACCUGUCCAGUACAUGCGUGCUCUAGCCAAGUGGGGUGUCGAUAUCCCAACCAACCUCGCCGAUAUUGUGUCGAGCAAAGGUUCCAUUGGCACGGUUAUCGCACAGAACCAGUCGUACGAUAUAGAGUAUCUCAGCCCCGUGAACAUUGGAAACCCGCCCCAGGAAGUCCUGCUCGACCUUGACAGCGGCUCCUCGGAUCUCUGGGUCUUCUCCACUGAAACGAAAUCGGCUGCAACUGGUUCUGGUAGCCGACAGAUCUGGAAACCCGAGCUGUCAACGACGGCCGCCAAGUUGAAUGACUCGAGUUGGUCCAUCAUUUAUGGCGAUGGCAGCUACGCCACCGGCAAUGUCUGGCAGGACCACGUCAACAUCGGUGGCAUCAUUGUCCCCGACGCCAUCGUCGAGACGGCGGUGACCGUGUCUCGCUCCUUGGCCAGCGACGAUGUCAUAUCGGGUCUUCUGGGACUCGCAUAUAACCUGCCGAGCCAGGUCAUGCCCGCCCAGCCGACGUUCCUCGAAUCCCUGGAGCCGCUACUGGACCAGUCCGUGUACACGGUCGACCUGCGCUGGCACGACAGCGGGUUAUACCAGUUCGGGGCCAUCGACCACAGCAAGCACGUCGGCGAGAUCACCUGGGUGGCGCUGGCCGACGACGCGCGCUUCUGGGAAUUCCCCUUCACGCGCUUCAACGUCGGGUCCUCGCGCGUGUGGCUGCUGUCGUCGUGGCGCGCCGUGGCCGACACGGGCACCACGCUGAUCCUGCUCCCCGCCGACCUGACCCAGCUGUACUACGCCGAGGUCCCCGGCGCAAACUUCAACGCAACCUACCAGGCCUGGGUGUUCCCUUGCGGCGCCGACCUGCCCGACUUCAACGUCGGCUUCGAGGUCGGCGACUGGCACGCCGUCGUCCCGGGGAAGUACAUCAACUACGUCGCCCUGAGCGAGUACGACCCGGGCUCGACCGACUGCUACGGCGGCAUCCAGGAGAACGGCAACCUGCCCUUCUCCAUCCUGGGAGACGUCUUCCUCAAGGCCGUCUUCGCCAUCUUCGACAAGGACGGCGCCCGGGUUGGGUUUGCGGACAAGAUCUUGGAGGCCUGA